ACUUUCUGAAUUCUGACAGGACUUUUUGCCUUUCCUAUGGAAACUGUCUUUUGAUUGUAAAAUAGUAACAGGCACUGCAGACUUCCUAAAAGUAGAGACCAUAAUGUACACCUUUUUCUCUUCUGUACUUUCUACCAUUGUACAUGUUGCAUUAACAUAUUUUGUGUAAAAACUGAUGAAAGAAUAGCAAUUCCACCUCAUCUUAAUCUGUCUUUAUAACAAUUCUUGGCUCACUAAUUACAAACAUUUUAUACCAUAUUAGAUUUAUCACUCAUCCUUUUCUUGAUCUCCAAUGUAGGUGAUGUCUUUCCUGUGCAAAUGAAUCCAAUAGCUCAAUCUCAGUUUGUAUCUUUGGCUGAAGUUCUUUGCUGUGCUAUAUCUGAUAUGAACACAGCUCAGAUUGUAGUAACACAAGAAACACUUCUGGAGCAUUUGAAGAGACAUUACCCAGGCAUUGCACUGCCGCCUCAAGAUACUCUCUACACCGCUCUGGGAACUCUGAUUAAAGAAAGGAAGAUUUAUCACACUGGAGAAGGAUACUUCAUAGUUACACCUCAGACUUACUUCAUCACAAAUACAACUGCCCAGCAAAAGAAGAGAGCCCGUCCGUCAGAUGGGAGCCCCUCAGGGCCUGCUUUUGUGGCCUAUCUGGUGAGCAUGAGGAGCUGUGCAGAGUUGGCCAGGGAGAAUGCAGUGCCCGUUUCCCAUUGUCAGUCCUGCCGCUGUUUCCCUGACAUGUGCCUGCAGGAUGCAGAGGAGUCACCACCUGCUUCAGAAAUGACUAGAAAAGGCCAAAAAGGGCUCGGGGAAUCCACACCUUUGGUUCAGAAUCAGGCAGUUUCAACAUCUGAGGAGAAUCACAUUAGUGAGAGCCCCAAAACUUCACCAGACACAAAAGACAAAGAAAAAGGCAAAAAGUUUGGUUUUAGUCUCUUGUGGCGCAGCAUUUCUAGAAAGGAGAAGCCCAGAACAGAGCAUGGCAGUUUCUCCGCCCAGUUUCCACCUGAGGAAUGGCCUGUCCGAGAUGAAGAUAACUUGGACAAUAUCCCCCGAGAUGUUGAACAUGAGAUCAUCAAAAGAAUUAACCCUGUUCUGACUGUUGACAACUUAAUCAAACAUACUGUCCUCAUGCAAAAAUAUGAAGAACAGAGGAAAUACAAUAGUCAGGGCACUUCCACUGAUAUGCUGACAGUCAGGCCUAACAAUCCUUCUAAAGAGAGAGUUAAGAAAAGGCAGGGUAGGUCGGCCAAGCAUUGUAGCUGGGGCUUCUCUCACAGAGAAAGACCCAAAACCCAGAGUCAGGGGAAUGAGCUUCAGCGAGGAAGCCUUAUGCUGGAGAAGACCCCCAAGCUCUUGGUUACCCAGCCUGAGCCUCAGGUUAAAAGCACCAAUGAAGCAGAAACUCAGACAGGGAUUCAGGAGAAUCCAAGAGUGCUAGGCUCUCAAUUGAUUUACAAAAAGCGAAUCCGUAAUCCCUUCCAGGGCUUGUCUUUCCGAGGGAGCCCAGUAACCAAAGGGGACAACAUUCAGAAGAGAAGUCAUCUGACACCCAGUCAUAUUGCACCAAAGGAAAAGCCUUUCCAAAGACUAAGGUCUUCAGAGCCCCCAAGACUUUUUGAUAGUGAAGUUCAACAGCCAUACGCUGAGCAAUGUCAUGAUAAGCUAAAAGCAGAACCCAUUUAUAUGACCAACUCUUCUGUCCAGCCUGUCAGUGAUGACUUUAGAGAUGGCCUCUUAAGUUACCCUCAAAGUAGUGAUUUGCAAUGUGACAGCCCAUGCUAUUCCUUCAGGGAAAGCACGUUGAGAUGUGAGGUGUACGGUGCAGAAAAUAAGGUAAUCCCUGAAGUCACAAAGAAAAGCCCCUCUCACUCUGACAAACUAGGGGAGGCCAAAGAAACACAGCAUAUGCUGCCAUUGUACGGUUCCUCCUCUGUAGACCAAUCCUCUGCUUGUAGAUUAGUCGAUAAAACAAUACACCAGUUUCAAAACCUUGGUCUGUUAGAUCGCCCAGUUGGUGUGAAUCAUUUGAGACAGCCUGAGAAGAGGCAAGACAGAAAUUCAGAGGAAUUAAUGAGAAAGACAUUUUUCCAGGAGGCAGAGACUGCAAGUCUAGAAAAUGGAGGACUUUCUGAUGAUGACCAAGCCUUGUAUCAUGAGGUGGAGGAUGAUGAUGGGGCCUGCAGUUCAUUAUAUUUAGAGGAGGAUUUUUCGGAGAAUGAUGACUUAUGUCAAAGGCAGCCUGUCCACAUCCCAUAUUCCUUUGCAGGUAGAAGCAACUGUAACCAUUUAGGAAAACCAAAAGUGACUGAGGGAUUUAAGAUUGAAUGUAAUACCAAAAUGGACUGGUUUGUGCCUCUGGGGCUUAAAAGAAAUGAACAGUUUGAGCCCACUGUGUUGCUUACAAACCCAGGUGAAAGCCAAAACCCUAAUCUCUCUGCUGAAAGCUGUGGGCUAAAUUCAGAGACCCAGUUUGGCUUUAACUGUGAAGAACCCAGUGUUGCUACAUGUGUACAGGCCUCGGCACCUGCUGAUCAAAGUUUAUUUGAUUACUGUAGCACAAGGAAACCCAAUUCUGAGGCUGAAGUCCCUCACCAUUCUGUUGGUGACCCAGGAAAGAAACCAAGUAGCUGGAAUCAAAGUCCUCAGAAUCAGGAAAUGAGAAAACACUUCACACAAAAGUUAGAACUUUUCAAUGCUUCACGUAUGACAGUGGUGGCACAGGAUAUUCAGCAGGAACACCGCUGCUUGGAAGGAACAGAAAGUCAUAGCAUGGCAGGCGAUAGUGGAAUAGAUUCUCCGUGGACACAGAGCCUCGCAUCUAAUAAUUCAGUCAUUUUGGAUGGACUUAAAAGAAGACAAAAUUUUCUGCAGAACUUUGAAGGCACAAAGAGCAAUCCGACACUCACAUCCAAUUCCUUACUACAAAUAACUCCAGUCAUAAAUGUUUAGUUUUCUUUUGGAAAGCCUUUUAAAAAAAAUGUGUGUGGGGGGCGGAUUUAGCUCAGUGGCACUGCACCUGCCUCACAGCGAAAGGACCUGAGUUUGAUCCCCUGGUACCAAAAAAAAAAAAAAAAAAAAAA